UGUUUAUCACUUUUAGCAUUCACUUUACAUGAUUUUCAAUGCAUCCAGGAAUAUUAUCACCACACAGAAAGAUCUGAUAAGAUCUGAACAAGUCUAAAUUCAGAGAAUCCGUUAUACUGAUGGAAAACAGUUGAGUGCAUUUAAAAGGAAAGAUGUGAAAUUAGUCAUUUCCUGAAACUAAGAGGAAGCAUUCAAUCAGGAAGUAAUGAUAGCGUUAUAAGUCUGUCAAGUGUCAAGCUGUGUUUUGAGAACAACUCAACGAAAUAAAACAUACAAACAAAGAUGGAAGCCACAAUGGAAGUUGAUUUGGCCUUUUUGAAGUCCACAAAAGGUCUUCUGAAAAUAGCAGAAAUGGUGUGUGUUUUUGUGGCUUUUGUGUGUUAUGCAGUGGCUUCUAGGCCGCCCUACAUUGCAGCAACAUGCAUGGAGUUUGUCAUCACAUUUGGAUUUCUUCUGCUCUACCUACUGAAACUCAACAAGAUGUUCACUUUCUUCUUCUGGCCCCUUAUUGAUGUGUUCAACUCAUUCUUUGCAGCUACACUGAUGUGUAUUCUUAGCCUGGUAGCAGUUUCUACGUACACAGUGAAGGGCACACUGAGCGGAGGGAUUGUGGGCUUUGUGGCUGCAGCCUUUUUGUCGGUGGAUGGCUGUAUACUUUUAAAAAAAAUCACAUUCAACAAGCCAAGAACCACCACAGAGGCCCAAACAGGGGGAAAUUAAAGCUCUGCAUGACCAGCUCUCUCAUUUUGUGAAUGGACCAUUUCCACCAAAAUAAGAUUGUAAAAUACUUGAUGUUACAUGAUGUUAAACCUAAGGGAAACCUACUGUAUCACCACUCAAAUAAAUGUGGAUCAUAUUGAG